AGUCGUGCAACGUUGGGCGGUUACGUGUAGUGCGCGGGGGCGUGGGCUGCGUGUGGCGCGGGGCGGGGCGCGGCCGGUGCGCCUCAGGAGCGAUGGCGGCGGCCUGAACUCACUUAGCACUGCCGAGACGGCAGGGCCUAGCCAGGGUCGGCGUUCUGUGAAUGAACGAUUUGCAAGUCUGGACUAGUCAGUCACUUCUGGGCUUGCCACUCUAGCCUGGUGUAACCUCUGGCUCCAUGGCCAGCUACUGGCUCCUACAGACCGGAUGAAGCAGACUGGAGACACAACUGGAGAAAGCCUCCAGCUGGCAAAUCCUCACAGUGUAGUCUACUGGCUGCUGGCCCUGCCCCAUCUGCUUCAUGGAGAGAAUGAACUGGCUGAGCAAACUGGCCUCCCGGGGCCCUGGGCACCGUGUACCUCAAGGGGCCAGUCUGCAGACUCCUGUCAUGGCUGACCCUGAGACCUGCCUCAUGGUCUUCAAGAAUCACUGGUCCCAGGUGGUGCGAAUCCUGGAGCGGCAAGGCCAUAGGGCAGCUUCUGGGGGUGCAGAUGAUCUCAGUGCUGUGCGCAACCACACUUACCAGAUGUUGACACUGCUGGCAGAGGAUCGUGCAGUCCCCUCGGCCCCCACAGGCCCUGGGCCCCUGUUGGAGUUUGCCCUGCACGAGAAUCUGCUGACCCGUGUAUUGGCAUGGCAGCUGCAAUGGGAUGAGCUUGGGGAUGGGGUUGAGGAACGGCGGGCUGAGCAACUUAAACUAUUUGAGAUGCUAGUGAGUGAAGCUCGCCAGCCACUGUUGCGGCAUGGUCCAGUUCGUGAGGCUCUGCUCACCCUGCUGGAUGCCUGUGGCCGCCCUGUGCCCAGUAGCCCAGCACUGGAUGAAGGCCUGGUGCUACUUCUCAGUCAGCUGUGUGUGUGUGUGGCCCGUGAGCCUUCAUUGCUCGAGUUCUUCCUACAGCCACCUCCUGAGCCUGGAGCUGCCCCCCGUCUUCUCCUCUUUUCUCGCCUUGUUCCUUUCGUCCAUCGAGAGGGCACCCUGGGCCAGCAGGCUCGUGAUGCCCUACUUCUGCUUAUGGCUCUGUCAGCUGGGAGCCCCACUGUGGGCCGCUAUAUUGCGGAUCACUCUUACUUCUGUCCGGUGCUGGCCACAGGACUGAGUGCCCUUUACUCCUCACUGCCCCGAAAGAUUGAGGUCCCAGGAGAUGAUUGGCACUGCCUGCGACGGGAAGACUGGCUGGGAGUGCCAGCCCUUGCACUUUUUAUGAGUUCCCUAGAGUUCUGCAAUGCAGUUAUUCAGGUUGCUCACCCUCUGGUGCAGAAGCAGCUGGUUGAUUAUAUCCAUAAUGGGUUUCUGGUUCCUGUCAUGGGCCCUGCCCUGCACAAGACCUCUGUCGAGGAGAUGAUUGCCAGUACUGCCUAUCUGGAACUUUUCCUACGGAGUAUCUCAGAGCCCGCCUUGCUCCGUACCUUCCUGCGAUUCCUGUUGUUACACCGGCAUGACACCCACACCAUACUUGACACCCUCGUUGCCCGUAUUGGCAGCAACUCCCGGCUCUGCAUGGUCUCUCUGAGUCUCUUCAGGACCCUUCUGAACCUCAGCUGCGAGGAUGUCCUACUGCAGCUGGUUCUCAGGUAUCUUGUCCCCUGUAACCAUGUGAUGCUAAGCCAGAAGCCAGCUGUGCGUGAUUUGGACCUAUAUGGACGAGCAGCUGACAAGUUUCUCUCCCUAAUCCCACGCUGUUGUCGGCACCGUGCCUCCAGCCCACCUCGUCCAGAGCAUGCCUCGUGGGCACGAGGCCCUGGAAGCCCAAGUGUUGACUCCUCUUCUGUGAUGACAGUGCCCCGGCCCUCCACACCAUCUCGUCUGGCUCUUUUCUUGCGGCAGCAGAGCCUGAGUGGUUCUGAGUCCCCAGGCCCAGCCCCUCGCUCACCAGGGCUUGCUGCAUCCCCAGCCUCCAGCCCUGGCCGACGGCUCAGUCCUGCAGAGGAGCCUGGUGAACUGGAAGACAAUUACCUGGAGUAUCUGCGUGAGGCACGCCGUGGUGUGGACUGCUGUGUCCGAGCCUGCCGUACCUGGUCUGCCCCCUAUGAUGGCGAGCGGCCUCCUCCUGAGCCCAGUCCUGUUGGCUCCCGGACUAAGAAACGCAGCCUACUGCCUGAGGAGGACAGGGACAACGUGGGGGAAGGGGAGGAGGAAGAGCUGGGGAGUAGGGGACUGGCUGGGGGUGCAGGGGAGGGCCUUGGCCACCUGUCCCCUCCCCAGCUUAAUGGGGUGCCAGGACCAUGGCCUGAGGGGGCCAAGAAGGUUCGUCUUGUGCCACAGGAGGGGGCUGGGAAACUGUUAGAGGGUACCUCUGAGGGCAUGGCAGGACUAGAGGGCUUUGGGCAGGAGCUCCGGGAGCUGGAGGUGGCAUUGAGCAAUGGGGGAGCUGGUUCAGAACCCUCCAUAGAGCCUCCACUACCUCUUGAGGAGGAGGAGGCCUACGAGAGCUUCACCUGUCCCUCUGAGCCCCCUGGCCCCUUCCUCAGCAGCCCUUUGCGGACUCUUAACCAGCUGCCAAGCCAACCCUUCACUGGCCCCUUCAUGGCCGUGCUCUUUGCCAAACUCGAGAACAUGCUGCAGAACUCCGUCUAUGUCAACUUCCUGCUGACGGGGCUGGUGGCCCAGCUGGCCUGUCACCCCCAGCCCCUGCUCCGCUCUUUCCUGCUCAACACCAACAUGGUCUUCCAGCCCAGUGUCAAGUCCCUGCUGCAGGUGCUGGGUUCUGUGAAGAAUAAAAUUGAGAGCUUUGCGGCCUCCCAGGAGGACUUCCCAGCACUGCUAUCCAAAGCCAAGAAGUACCUCAUUGCCCGUGGCAAGUUGGACUGGGCCGAGGGCUCUGCAGCAGGACCUGCUCCCCGCCGCAGCGAUCCCCUAGCGAAGAGCCGGAGGCCAUCCUUGGGGGAGUUACUCCUGCGUCAUGCACACAGUCCAACCAGGGCCCGGCAGGCGGCACAGUUGGUCCUUCAGCCUGGGCGAGACGGAGCAGGACUUGGCCUAGGUGGGGGCUCCCCUGGGGCUUCAACUCCAGUUCUACCCCCCCGGGGCGGGGCCCCUGAGCGCCAAGGUGAGGCUCUGCGAGUCAAGAAUGCUGUCUACUGUGCAGUUAUUUUCCCUGAGUUUCUCAAGGAGUUGGCUGCCAUCUCCCAGGCCCAUGCUGUCACCUCGCCUUUCUUGUUGGAUACUACAGAAGAGGGAUCUGGCCCUCCCAUCUCAGGCUUUGGGCCCCUCAAUCCUUAACUUUCUUCCAUGGACAAUCAAGGCCAUGGCUGGCCUGGGCUAAGGCCAGGGCACAGGCUCCUUUCUAUGUUUGGAGGCGUGGCAAAAUGACUUUUUAAUUUAUUUCAGAUGAAUGUUUUAUGGAGAACUUGUUGCAAUAUGUAUAAAAGGGAAAUCUCUAUUCUGUGCUCA